CAGAUUCACCAGCAGGCAAAGACCUCCAACCACUUGCUGACUCCUUUCAAACCCAGACCCAGACAAAAAGAAAAAAAAACAAGGCUGUGAUGAGUAAAAAGAACCAGUGGAGGGGCGAGGGAGCGAUGUGGUUGUGUGUUGGUGUAAACCGAGGCUUUAUAAGAAAAGAGACAAGGUCCAAUAAAUCUAGUUUCUCUGAUGUUUGGAGCUGGGCCUGACUCACCUGCUGAGGUUUGGUUUCAGAGCUCCAACACAGCUCAGACUGAGCUGGGAUUUCAUCAGCUGAGGACCAGUAAGCUCUAGCUGGAAGCUUCCAACUUCUCACUUUCUACAGAAAUGCUUUGGGAGGACAAAGUCGUUCUCUUAACUGUUUUAUUCAUCCACAUCUCAUCUCUAACAGCAGGAUCAGGAGAAGGGCAGGACAAUGUUCAGUGUGCUGCACUCAACAGCACCAGAUGGCUGGAAUACCGGCGUCAGAGGGCCACUCUGCAGGUCCAGUACCUACUGCUGACCCGGAAAAACUCUGACUGUGCUCAAAGAUUCAACCAGGACUUGGUUAACAAGCAGUCAUACUUCAGCUUUUCCCAUCCCACUAAGGUCAUCAUCCAUGGGUACAGGCCCCUGGGAAGUAACGCGUCCUGGGUGACGGAGCUGGCUCAGGCCCUCCUCAGGGCUCAGGAUGUAAAUGUUCUGGUGGUGGACUGGCUCUAUGGUGCCUCCUCUGCCUAUAAUGUAGUGGUGGAAAAUUACAAAGAGGUGGCCCUGCAGAUCUCUGUUCUCAUAAACCAGCUCCAGAAACAUGGAAGCAAACCAGAAUCCUUCCACUUCAUCGGGGUCAGCCUCGGAGCACACGUGGCUGGGUUUGUGGGGACUCUGUUUGGAGGAACCAUAGGUAGAAUCACAGGUCUUGACCCUGCUGGGCCCAUGUUUAAAGGAGCUGACACGUACGACCGGCUGGACCCUUCUGACGCUCAGUUUGUGGACGCCAUCCACACAGACUCUGAUUACUUUGGCAUCUCCAUCCCUGUGGGUCAUGUGGAUUACUUCCUGAACGGUGGCCAGGACCAGAACGGAUGUGCUCGCUCCAGAUUUGCUACAAUGUUUGGUUAUGUGAUCUGUGACCACAUGAGGGCGCUGCACGUCUACGUGAGCGCGCUGAACGGCUCAUGCACCUUGAUGGGGAUCCCUUGCUCCUCUUAUGAGGACUUCCUGAAGGGAAGCUGUGUGGACUGUGGGGUGUUCAAGGGGAGAUGUCCAGUGAUCGGUUUAUCAGAAAACUCUGGGAUAUCCGUUUCACCCCUUCCCAAGGAGCAGAAAGUGUUUCUUCUGACAACUUCUUCAGCACCGUUUUGCGCUCAUCACAUCCUGGUGAAGCUGGAAGUUUCCCCACUGGACAAGAGCGCUGAGGUGGAGGUGAUGCUGAGGACAGAGAGUCUGGGAACGGAGUACCGGUUCAAGCUUCAGACAGCUGUGACGGUGUACAGGAGGGUGUUGGCUCACCCGGCUGCUCUGUGUGAGAUCCACUCCAUCAGGCUGAAAAACACCGGCGCUCGUUUCUACAGGCAGGCCGACGUCCAUGUCAAGUCUGUGUGCAUCUCUGCGCUCCCUGUUCUCAGACACGAGGAGCCGCUGUGUGUGAACAAUAUUAACAUCAGGAGAGGAGCUCCUUGGUCACAUGACUUUGUGCAGGUGUGUGGGACCUUGUGACAAGAAGAGUCCCUCAAAACGGAGCAUUAACGACCAGGUUAGCCUUACAGAGACAUAGACCGUGUUACAACCUGUUGUUUUUAGGGAUACAGAAUCUGAAUUUAGAGUGUUUAAAUGUACUAAUGCUAAUGACUGGUGGUUAAAAUCUAACCCAGUUAGUUUUAUUGCUCAGGUUUUCAACGUUCGCUUCAAUCAUAAAAAAAACAUGAAGCGUGUUUCUAAGAUGAAUAUUUUAGUUUUUUUAUCACCAAGUCCAUCUUGUAAGUUCUCCUUUUGAGUUCUUUCAGCAAUAAACAUAUUUGAUGUGUU